GAUAAGUGCAUUUGCAUCAAACAUCAAUUAAUAGAGAGCUCUUUCAUCUACUCGUACCAUUCAAUGAAAUUCUCUUCAAAUGUCUUUUUCUUUGGAAUUUACCCCGCUCUUACCCCUCAUUGAUGUCUUCUAUGGCACAAUGUCGUCUUCGAGCUAUUGUUCUGACUUUACUUCCUAUUAUGUUUUCCAAACCCACUCGAAAGGAGCUCAGCAAUUUUCAUCAUCCAAUUCAGCCCAAAAAUAAAUCCGACUCAUAACUCACAAAUAUUUCAAAUCUCACAACCCAUCAUCAAAAUGAUAUCCCUAAGACCUCGCACCAUAGUAAUCAUUGGCGCCGGCCCCCUUAUGUCCCGCAGCCUCUCCCUCUACCUCGCUUCUCACAACUGGCAAAUCAUUCUCAUCUCUCGCAACCAUUCCUCUCUGCUCUCUCUCGCCUCAGAAAUCAACGAUCUCAACCCCAAAGCACCUAAAGUCCUCGUCCACGCAGGCGAUGCUAGUAUCCCAUCUUCUCUCCAUAAAGCUCUAGAUUGGGCUGUCGAGCAAUUAGGUGGAAAAGUAGAUGUUCUUUGCUAUAAUGCUGCACAUGUGGUUCCGAGCCCUAUUUUGGAAUUGAAACCGGAAGCUUUGACGCAGGAUUUUAAUAUUACGGCGCUGGGGACUUUGGUUGCUGGACAAUGGUACAUGCACAACGCCAACACCUCCCGUAUUUCUCAAGGCGAACACCCUCUUUUCCUCGUCCCCGGUGGCCUACUCGACAAAUACCCAGAUCCGAAUAUCUCCGCUCUUUGCGCCACCAAAAGCGCAAGUCAAUGUCUUGUUAAAAUGUUCCAACAAGUUAUGCUACCAAAAGGAAUCCUAGUUGGUGCACCAAUCGUGGGAGGAGAAGUAGUUAACGAGGGGAAGAUGUCUCCAGAUCGUAUUGUGGAUGGUGUUUUUAGACCGUUUUUUGAAGAGAGAGAAAGGUAUAAGGGCAAUGAGGGAAAUUGGGUCUUGGAAAGAAUUUGGUUGCCGGAUGGGGGUUAUGGAAGUACGAGGACAGAUGUUUGAUAGGGGGGAUUUGGGCGGGAUUGGAGAGGUGGGUAAAGGAGAGGAGGAUAGGUUACGAGAUCAUUAGUAGUGGGAAGGGUGUGAAUUAUGACUGAUGUGAUAUUGGAAUUCGUGAUUUUUAGGGAAGUAAGUAUACUAUGAUUAUCAAUGUUGAUGAACAGGUUUCUGUUUCUCAGACAAUUUGGAGACGACAUUUGAGGUCGUUCUCAUCUUCAAUGAUAUCUUCUCUCGCGAUUUCAAGGGAAAGGGUGCUUUUUCUGGAUCUAGGAUGGAUGGGAAUGUGGUUAAGAAAAACCAGCUCAUACUGUAAAGGAUCUAGGGUUGGAGUAAUGGAAUUUUGUUUUUAAGGUUCUGCAAUGUUGAUUUGUUACUAUAUAAUUCAUAAACACUGCAAGAUAUUUCUCGCCCCUCGGUGUUCAUGAAUUGUAUGUCCUCUACAAGAACUAACAACAAUAAGGCUGAAUAGACCCGAACUAUUCUUGGCAUGGAGCUUGUCA